CUUUCAGUUAGGAGGAAUAAAAUUCUCCUGAUUUAUGGGACCAAGCCGCUGACUCGUAUAUUUUUGAGUCAGAUCUGACUCAUAAAACAAACACAUUGAGUCAGAUCUAGAAGAGUCAGAGAUGGCUUUCAUAGAGCAAGCUGUGAACUUUGUUGAAGAGAAGGUAGCAGUAAUCGUCAUGACACCAGUGAAUUUUACGGAAGAGACGGUUGCAAUACUUGUAAAGAAACCAGAAGCAACACUAAAUGAUGUAAUUCUCAAGAGUAUCAGUUUUGAUUCAGUCACUUUACUUGCAAAGGUUUCUGUAAGCAACCCAUAUAUCACAAUUAUUCCUAUAGGUGAGCUUAAUUACAUCCUCAAGAGUGCAGAAAGUGUUAUGGCCUCCGGCAAAAUACAGGAUCCAGUAUCCCUAACGCCCAUGAAGUCGACGUUGCUUGUGAUCGAAGUGAAGGUGCCAUACAGUGUUGUGAUCACUCUAUUACGAGACGCAAGUACUGAAUGGGUUAUUGAUUAUGAAUUGCAGCUAUGUUUUACUUUUGCUAUUCCUGUAAUAGGAGAUGUAACAAUCCCCAUCACAGGAAAAGGAGAAAUCAAGCUCCCUGCCAUCUCCAAAUUCUUGCAUUGUGGCAAAAAGGAAGACAGAGACUGGUUCUCUAUCAGAAAUUGGAUAUGAGAAAAUUGUGUUAGAAUCAAGCACUUAGAGCACACAAGAAUAAAGAGAAU